CACACUAGUGGGCCACGGCACAGAUGUUGGGAACCACUGGUUUAGACAUGGGGUUUAUUUUUUUUUAGUUCAGGCUGAGGUAUAAAUGUAUACACAUUCAUUUUGGUUAGCUCAAGUGAAGCUGGUUCUUGUGUCACUAAAGGCAUGGAUGUUCUAUUUCUAAGCCCCCGCCCCACAUGUUCGCUCCACUGUCCAUGUAGCUUUUUAUCUUUCUGGCCACUAGGACCCUUAAUGCUGAUAAAGAACAGGUGGAUUUAAAUCAUUUUUUGUGUCCAGACGUUGGUGUGUGGAGAAACUAAUAUACUGAUAUAUCUGACUUGGAGACAGCCUGCUUCGUAAAUGCAUCAGAAUAAAUAAACAAAUAAAUAAACAAACAUACCCCGCCCACGACCGUGGUUGGGUCUAAAUGGAUCCUGGCAGAGUUGUAAAAAUUGCCCCAAUCAUGCGCGUCACACGCACGAGAAGGCGUGCCUCAGAUUGCGCUUAAAUUUAAGUCUGUUCGACGGAGGACACAGUUGGCUGUUACGCGCACACGGUCUGUAUCGCGGCGUUGGCUGUUGUUAAUUGUCCGGAACUGAUCUGAUUAAGUUGAGAUUUUUUAUUUUACUCCGCUUUUCAGUGAAAUUAAACCUUUUUUUUCUUUUUUUCUUUUUUGUUGUUGUUGCACCGAAGGACAGAGUGUGCCACCGUGGGGCUUCUGGGAUGCGCGUCAAGGGACACACGCGACGGACCACCCAUACGUGAGACUCAGCCUUCUCUAAGCUCCCGUCCUCGCUUGGAAUGAACGAAAUAUAAACAGCUGUUCUGUGUUUGCGCCUGUGAAUCGAUUCAUCAGCCCACAGACGUGCAGCGGCUGCCCGCAGAACCAAUGGCCAUAAGGCGUCCGUCUCGGAGCGCGCGCACUUCUUCCCCUUCGACGUGGACCCGCGUCUAGCUCGGCUGAGACGUCUGUGUGAGAAGUUUCAAGUUGUUGCUCCUUUGUGUCUGGAACCAGUGCCGUCCAUCAUCCCAACAGCAGCGAUGAUGACCGAGGGCAGUGAGGCGGAGAGCGACGCUCCGCUCCAGCGCUCUCCAAGCACCAUGUCCAUCCAGCCGGUGACAUCCAAGCUGGAACGGCUAAAGCGAUCGCUGUCCUUCAAGACCAUGAUGCGCAGCAAAAGUGUGGAGAACUUCUUCCAGAGAUCCUACAGCGACGCCCGCCUGCCGCCCGAUUUCAUCACCGACCCGCCGCCCCCUUCCCCCCCACUGCUGCCCGGCUCUCCCCUCAUUGGCGAACGCUCGCCGUCCGUUUCACCUUCCCUCAGCCCCAACCCUUCCAUCUCCUCCCACUCUCCCUCGCUCAGCCUUUCCCCCUCGCUGCCCGCCAAGCCUCCCUGUCCUCAAAUUACUCACUGUUUUCAAGACCAUGUUUUCCGCAAACCUACAAACUGCCAGCACUGCAAGCACAUGAUAGUCGGAAACUCCAAACAAGCUCUGCGGUGUAAAACCUGCAAGAUGGCUGCUCACCUGUGGUGCACCUCUGAACUAUCGCAGCAGCUGUGUCACGGAAAGCCUGGCGUGUUCAAGCGAAACUUCAGCUCACCAAUGCUUGUCAAUGACCAGCUGACUGUCGUCAAGGAAGUUCAACCGAGCCAAGAGGCUGUGCGGACGCGCGUCGACCCCGUGUACGCAGCUUUGCGUUAUGGGACGUCUUUGGCACAGAUGAGCCGCUCCAGUUUUGGCAGUUUGUCGGAGUCACCGACGCGAAGCCUGGUAUGACAUCUAUGACUGUUUAGGUGGACGUGGGCCCGAGUUGGCUGAUGUAGAUAUACACAGGUUUUACAGCACGCUCCUUCUGUAUCCAUUAGAUACAGAAGUUCACCCGCUGUCAUCGUGCACGUUUGGGUUUCCUAAUACUGCACUCAUGUACGCAUCACGUUAACUCUUGCAGGUAGACACGCCCUGUUUGGUGCUAUCAACCUUUAGCUGACCAGCAGCUGUCAUGAGACUUUGUUCUUGGCAUAGGCCAGAUAGACUGUCGCUGAGUGCGCCAUCUGCUGGAAAUGGCGAUGCUGUAAUUACCAUAGGAAAUGUGGAGGGUGGCCACAGCAGAAUCUCACCCAAGGAAGCAGAAAGGUUAUGGUGACCGGGACCAUGGUUAUAAAGCUGGAAUUUGACUAUUAACCGUUUAUGACCCUCCAGCAGGAUUAACAGGAUUAAACAUAAAUAUGAAAUAAAACAAAGACACUGAAACGUUGUAUGGCUCUGAAAUGCCUGAAACAUUUAUAGGUGGAACAUUAUGUGAGACAGUUUCUAUUUUCUAAUACGUGUAUAUGAAGGAACUUUUUUAGAUCCAUAUUCUGAUGCCAGAUAUGCGUGGUGAUGCACUUGGCACUGCAGUUCUGGGCGGCCAUUAAAAUAACUCAGAGCUGAUAUUCACCAAUCGUCCAUAAGGAUAUGGCCACUGACAUGUAAAGAGAAUGACGCUAAUUGUCUCUUAGUCCUGGCAGCAAGUAAACAUUACGUCAUCAUUGUUGGAGAUAACGUAUGUUGGGAAAUGGGCAAGAGUAAAUAGCCAACUUGUGAUGAUGCUACACGACUGCGUCAACGCAGCCAACAACAGCUGUUGAUUGAAGGGAUGCUGAAAUUAUGUCCGACUGGAGUGAAGACGUUGGUUAUUUCUGUUGUCACUUUAAAAAAAGGUGAUUGGUUUUUCAGACACAAGUGUCAGGUUUCUCUAAUUGCUUCCACUGAUUGGCAAAGAAGAGCUCUGAGCUUCAGGAACACCUACAGUGCCCUCUGCUGUGUUAGCCUAAGAACUACUUUGGACAGCCUGACGCGUGGGUUUGUCCAUCGUGGAAGCUUGGUGUGUGUGUGAGUGCAGUAUUAGAAACGUGCCGUGCUUAAACAUAAAUAAUCCUCAUCAGUGAUUCCAUCGCAUUCACAGGCAGAGAUGAUCGGAUCGACAACAAAGCCACAGAGCUGAUCUAAAACAUGGGGGCGUUGACAUUUUUUGGAUGGAGCAGGGACCCCCUACUGCACAUUAAAUGAAUUGCAUGCAUAAGCCGCAGUCGGCCCCCUGCCUUUUCCAACGUAUUACAUUCUCUGUAGUACUAGCGUCACUGCUGUGCAUGAACCUGCCUGUUAUCGUGUAUACAACAAUACAAUUUACAGCAAUACAUAUAUAUUACAAUUCAUGAAAAUGUGUAACGUUUAUGACCCCCUUGCAGUACCGCUUGUGACCCACAAGGGGUUAAGACCACCUACUGUAUAUAUAUAUAGAUGUAUACUGCCUACC